AAAGAUAUAAAACGCUAUCUAAAGUCUGCUAUUUCGGGGCUUUUAUUGCUGUCACCAUAUGAGUCUGAAUCAGACAAUCGAAGAUUCUCGUGGAAGUUGGACCUAAACUAACCAGAAACAAAGACAAAGAGGGAAUACAUCGUCAUGUUCUUGGAAAGAAUACUAGUGAGCAUGCUACUGCUCAACCUGGUGGCUCUGUUCAUGGGAGCCACUGUGACCACCCGGCGCAUCCAGCCGCGGGAGACGAACUCCUGCGAGGGCCGCCAGAGUCCCGGGCCCAUCUGCGAGUCCUGCGAGCUGCUGGCCACCUGCGUGCGCCACUCCAACGGAUGGGUGAACAUCCCCGUGGAAUCGUGCGACGUGGCCAAUGGAUACUACUGCAACGCCCGCCUGGGGAGCUGCACCAACGAGACAGGCCCGUGUCAUCCGUUCGGCAUCGAGGGCAACUUCCAGUGCACCUCGCAGGGCAUCUUCCCGGAUCCGUACGACUGCCAGAAGUACCACAUGUGCUACUUCGUGGGAGCCACUCUGGUGGCUGCUGCCGUGGAUUGCGGCAACGACAAGGCCUUCGAUGCGACGACUGGCCAGUGCACUUUGACCCUGACUGAUUCCGUCUGCCUGCAGCGACAGUACUACUGCCCCAAUGCCGGACACGUGGCCGCCUGGCCCACCAAUCCCAAUAUCUUCUACGUGUGCAAGUCGACGGUUAACCAGAACCUGAACGACACCAUCGUCAUCUACCCCUCACUGCACAGGUGCAACGAUGGCGAGACCUUCGUGGACUACGUCUGCCGCAGCGGAUCGAAUGUCCUGCCGCCCAGCACCGAUGAUCCUUCGGUGAUCAUCGAGGAUCCCAACGACGACGACUUCUCGGUGCUGCCCAACACCUGCCAGCACGUGGGCUUGAUAGCCGAUGGAAACGACUGCCGGAAGUACUACUACUGCUCGGCUCUGAAUGGCACCCUGCGGCACAUGGACUGCCCCAAUGGGACUUACUACCGCCCCGAGCUAUCCUCCUGCGUCCUGGGAAGCUGCUAAGGAAGAUACAUUCCUCCACUUUAUUUAUUCCUCUUCAAUGGAUUACAUUUAAUAAACAACUCGCAUUUACCAUGGAAUAACAAUCUAUUUGACUUGAAUUUAUGAAUUCCCAAUUUAAAAAGUAUCAGUUGAUAAUAAAGAUUCAACCACCAUGUCCGUGGGUAAUUAAACCAGAA